GGGUUUCUUUUUUUUUUUCACUUCGAUUUCUCUUCACAACUAUCCAAACAGAGGGUGAAGCAAAAUUCCGGUUCCCCUCCGCCUCGUUCAACUGCUACGCAGCCUCCAUCAUCUUCGGCGAAAAGGAAGCUCCAAGUGCUUUGUUUCAAAUUGGGGAAAUUCUGUUCCUUGGCAAGUCCACUGAGCUGGUAGUGAACACGGACAAGAAGGUUUUCUCAGCUGCUGAAAUUUGCAAUGGCUUUUCUGUUUAACAAGUUUCAAGAGGCUGUGAAGGUUCUUGCAAGAAGUCCUACUUUUGCCAGAGAUCCAAGGCAGCUACAGUUUGAAGUGGACAUAAAUCGCCUUUUCCUAUAUACCAGCUACAAUCGUCUGGGGAGGAAUGCUGAAGAGGCAGAUGCAGAAGAGAUCAUUGAAAUGGCUAGUAAAGCUUCUGUUGCUGAUCAGCAGAAGCAAGUCCAAGAAAACAUCCACUAUCAAAUUGGAAAUUUCUGCACAGCUAUGGAUGAAAUUCUUAAUCCUGAUACAAAUAAGAGAAAUGAGCCAGGUGAACCGUUGGGACAGUCAGAUACAGCUCCGUGUCAAAGUGGCCUCAGUUUGGCUGUUGGAAAGAGUAGUCGUACUGUGUCUCCAGCUAUACCUGAAACAAGGCCAUUGAACGGUGCUGAAGUUUCAUGGAGGUUGAAAGAUCAAAGUGGGUACACACUUGGUCUAAAAGAAUCUCAGAUACCCCACAAAGAAGCUGGACAAGGCCUAUUUGUAGACGGUGAAGCUGAUGUUGGCACUGUGAUUGCUUUGUACCCUGGCGUGAUAUACUCCCCAGCUUAUUAUAGCCAUAUCCCUGGAUACCCAAGAGUUGAUGCCCAUAACACACACUUGAUCACAAGGUAUGAUGGUACUGUAAUCGAUUCCCAGCCCUGGGGUUCUGGGGGUGAAGCGCGUGAAUUGUGGAAUGGGUCACUUGUGCCAGAGAUCAGGCCUGAUGUGCAAAGUAGCGAAAAAGGUUCAGGUCUGUUCUGGAAAAUGCUCAGUAAGCCUGUAGAAGGGAUGCAAGUUAGUUGUAGCAGUGAGGUCCUGGAGCGGAGGAACCCUUUAGCUUUGGCUCAUUUUGCCAAUCAUCCAGCAAAGGGUAUGGCUCCAAAUGUCAUGAUUUGCCCAUAUGACUUCCCAUUGACUGAGAAGGACAUGAGAACCUAUAUACCAAAUAUACUAUUUGGCAACUCAAAAGAAGAAAUGAAUAUGAGAAGAUUUGGGAGCUUUUGGUAUAGAUCUAAGGCAAAAAAGAGUGGGUCCGAUGUUCCGGUUCUGAAGGCUCUCGUAUUGGUAGCUACUAGGGCACUUUGUGAUGAAGAAGUGCUGUUGAACUACCGGUUGAGCAACUCAAAGCGACAGCCAGAGUGGUAUACUCCGGUGGAUGAAGAGGAAGACCGAAGCAAAUGGAGCUAACGAGUGAAUUUUGAACGUUAAAAAUGUUGUUUAUGCAGGGUUUAUACUCUUUUUUUCUCAUAAUUUUGAGAAUUUGAACUCAGUUUUAACCUCUUGAUGGGAUGAACUAUAAAUCAGAAUGACAGGACUGGGUUAUCUUAUUGAGUUAGCCAAACUCUGGGGGUUAUAAUUUCUUCUUUUCCUCAAAUCUUUUUUUGAUUUUGUUUGGGAUCAAAGAAUCACUUGUUUGAUUCUCAAGUGGUUUAAUAAAAAACCUUGAAUGUUUGAUGUGUUGGAAGAGAAGCCUACAACUAUAAUUGCAAUGCAAUUGAUGUUGAUACGUC